UAUUUAACAAGAAACAGCUCAUUCAUUUAAGAACACCUCGAAGGAAUACCAGGCACCAGUUUUUUUUUUUGUUUCAUCUUAAAAAAAUAAAAGACUAUCAAAACUAUGAUCUUCCAUAAAAAGUUUGUUUCCGUCUUCCUUUUUAUUGUGAUAAUAUAUGUGCAACUAGGAGAAAGUACAAAUUUACAAGCCCUUAAUAGGACUUUAUUUUUGUUAAACCAUCCCAAAUCUUGCAGAAGCAAUGAGUUUUACAGCUUGGAUUAUUUUUUGUGUUUCCCAUGUGAACCUAGAGAACAUUUGAGGCCCAGCUUCGAUAAACUAGCCUGUGAUUGUCAAAAAAACUAUACAAUAGUUGCUUUGUAUGGUCAACGAAAAGUUUGUUUAGAACCAUGUACAAGUAAAAAUAGCGUCAAAUGUGCAAAUACAACAUCCUUACGACAUAGAGAAGAUCCCUGCAAUUUGAAUUUUAUAAAUUAUACAAUAGGAAAUAAAAAUGGUGCAGAGAAAGAUAUUAGCAUUUAUCCAAACACAGCAAUUUAUGGAAACGAUUGCAGAUGCGAUUUGAAAUACAAUUAUAUUUAUAGGAACUAUUGUAUAUGGAAGCCACUUUUAAAGAACUAUCUUAAUCACAAUGCUUUCUGGAAGCGAGGAAGACUGUAUGUUGAUUUGAAGUUCAUAGCAUUUUUCUGUCAGUCACUUCAAAACAUCACUGCGUGCAAUAAUUUGGCAAACUUGUGCAUACAAUCGUUUUUUGAUACUGACAAAAAUUCACCGUGCAGUGUUUUCCUACUCUCCCAGGCUUCUGAUGCCGCACUUUACUCUAGCGUGGGAGAGAACCUUAAUGGAUUGCGCCCAUUUUUAUUUUACAAAAAAGGCAAAGAUACUUUACAAGAAGUUGAGGAAAAAAUUCAAAUUUCUGAAGGUGCCCUUAAUUUGUUUUCGACAGUGUUCUCAUUAGAAGGCCAAUUGACCCGAUGGGAAAGUUUUCAACCGAACAGGCUAAAUCUUUGUGGACAUGAUUUCUUAGGUCAAUAUGGCGGUUUUCAGAUAUACAAAAAUAUUCAAAUCGUCUGUCAACUUACACUUGAUUCAAUCAUAGACAUGGCAUCUGUACAUGGAAAUAAGUAUUUCAUAAGCGUUUUUCUCAAUCAUACGAGAGAAGAUAACAAUCGAUACUUACAAACGAUACCCAUAUUGAUUGAGAACUUAUUUGAAGGAAAUAAUGAACUUAACCCUACUGAAUGGCAGUUGGUGAAACGUUUUCAAAUAGUUGGAGCAGUAACAACAUUUAAUUUAGCAAACCAACCAAUUCUACCUUAUGAAGAUUCAUACAAAAUGCAGCUUUUUAAAUCGAUACGAGUAUUACGAAAAUUUGAGUUGCGUUGCACUGUACUUGGAGAUAACAAAAUUAAAGUUCCCAUAAUAGUUCUAGAUUAUCAUAUAAUUGAUUUAUCGCUCAACGCAUCUUUAGACGAAAAGUAUAAUUUCGAAUUUCUAGUAACAUUCAAAAAAGAUGAAGACUCAUCGGGAGACUUAUUUGGAAUAGUUCUAUCUGUUUUCAUUUUGAUUGGCUUCUUAUUUGCAAUUUUUAGAGCGUAUGUUUUUAAAUGUCGUCGAAAUUUAGAAUGUUUUGAAAUGCUUGUCUUUUCUGAAGCAUUGUUAAAUUCUAUGUCAAACAUAGGAAACUCAUUUUUGGCUGUUGUAAUUCUGCACGUCUUCUUCUCAUCUAUAAGUUUUCUUAUUCAUUUUGAUGAGGCCUCAGCCCCAGUUCAAAAAUAUCAACUCUUUAAGUUUUGUAUAUAUUGUGGUCUUUUGUUAAAGGGUUUUAGUUUUUUCGUAAAUUUUUGGAAGAUCUCAAAAAUUGAUAUAUUUUUCGUUGACUGGGAACGGCCUAAGAAUUGUGAUGUUUCAUUGCAUUUGAAAAAUAACAUGGAAACAUCUUCGCAAUGUUCAAGUAUUCGAACAUUUACUGAGAAUAAUGUUUCAGCGUGGAGAACAUUUUUUCUGGCAAACGAAUGGAUUGAUUUAAGUAAUAAACAAAAAACCUCUUCCUUUGUUCAAGGUUUUGUUUCUCUAGCUUUAUUUUGGAUCUCCAAAAAAUUCUUUCCCAUAUUUUAUUUAAAUUCAACUUUGAACCUGUUUGCCUGCGCUGGCAUAUAUUCUUCUGUUCAAUUUAUACAAAUUUUGUUAAGAAGUUUUCUAUUGGAUCAAGUGAUUGGAAGCCCCCUUAGGAAAUUCAUGGAUAUGUGCACGUUGGCUAAUGUAUCUAUAUUUACACUAAUGGACUGCUCAUUUGGAUAUUAUAUUCAUGGUCGAUCUCCACAUGGAUUCUCGGAUACAGAUAUGUCUUCUAUGAUAUUUCAACUGCAACGUGAAUCUCAAAAUAUGUGUGGAAAAAGAGGACUUUUAAGUGAUUCCGAUUUUCAAACCUAUAUUGUGCUGCCGCCACUGAAUUUAAGAAAACACAUUGAACAACUCUUACCGCUUAAACAAAGAACAGACAAUUUAUCACAAUCUUACUUCCAAAAAGAUGUUGGAUUUUCAAAUAGAAAUAUGGAGGGAGUUUCUGAAAGAAGUACAACUUCUUACAAUAGAGUGAAUAAAUUCUUCUGUGCAUUUAUCGAUCACGCAAUCAAGGACAUGGACUAUAUUAUAAAGGAGAAAACUUUUAUUGAACACUUACUGAGGUGUGAGUUUGAAAGUUUUGUUGCGGAACAAAAAGGGACGUUUUACAUUGAUGAUAGUUUAAAUUUUAGUUCACUUUUUCUCUAUGGAAAUCAAAGUGAAAUAUUUGUGAUGGAACUUUUAAUUUUCUUAGCAAUGAAUCUACUAACAUGCAACUUUACUAUUUCUAUAAUUGUUGUUUGUGCUUCAAACAAGCUAUUUCAGAAAAUAUUUCGAUUUUGGGUGAAGAACAAUAUAAUCACAAAAACCUUGAUUGAAAAACGAUUUCUGAUUUAAAUUUUUAUUUUUUAAGAAAUAAAAUUUGCGUUUUCAAUAAAUGUUAUAGUGUAACAAACAAAAUUGGAAUACAUUUUUGAAUAAAAGUAUUUUUGUUAACAGAUCUCA